CCUUCCGUGUGUCUCCUCCUCUUUCCGUUCCAAUUCCUGAUUCUCACGAGGACGGACAGACCAUCGAGCCUUGCGCGGGUGGAGGAGACGCAGGCCGAUCCCAGCGGCGGCACCACAUAGUGCACCCACGCGGCGCGCGCCCUGUCGCCGAUCGCCGACGGCCGACACGCCGGCGCCGGGGGUUUCGUCUAGCGCGCCGCUGGUAUCCCGCUCGCUGCCCCGCGCUCGGCGCUCCGGUGCAUUGUUCUGCCGCCGGCUCAACCGACGCUUCCUCGGCUGCUCAAUCUCGCAAAUUCGCUUGGUUUCCUUUCUUAGUGUUUUGGUUUGGUUUCUAGGAUGUGAGAACAGCCUAUGUGUUGAUAAUAAAAGUGAGAAUGCUUGGUGGUCUGGAGUUGUGGUGCUUUAUGUAAUGCACCUGAUCACAUAUUUCACCAAUAUCAUUGGUGUGGUGACCAUUGCUCUCAUCUCCGUAGUCUCCAUCUUGGGCCUAAUUUGCCUCUGCCGCUCAGUGUACUUCCAACUGUGGAUCAAAAGAAGAGGCUACCAGCGCCUUAGCUACUUCAACGGGCCAUGGCUGACUCGGAUAACAUUGAUGCUGGUUGCAUUCUGGUGGGGUAUUGGCGAGGUAGUCAGGCUCACCUUUGUGAAUGGGGAGGGAAGGCUAAUCUCUAACCGGACAUGGCAAGUGAACGUGUGCAAAUUCUACAUCAUCUCAAAUCUGGGGUUUGCAGAACCAGGAUUGUUCCUCUUGCUCUCUUUCCUUCUUAGUGCAGCUUUGCAGAAGCAAGAACUUGGUACCUUGAAUAGGAAAUGGAACCGGAAGACUAUACGUGCAGUAUUCAUUCUCUGCUCGCCUUGUUUGAUCUGGGAAGCUUGUGUUGUUUUCGUUGGUGGUCGUGUUUCCUCAGAUGACGGUCAGCGAUCAAAGGUUUCAAAGUACUGGUUUUCUGCUUCUGCAAGCCACAACGGCAACAUUACAUGCACGUAUCCACUGUUGAGCAGCGUAUUUAUUGGGGCGUUUUACAUCAUUUUGACUGUCUAUGUCAUGUUUGUCGGACGUCAAAUGCUGUCUUUGGUGAUCAACAAGGGACUCCGGCGAAGGAUAUAUAUGCUCAUUUUUGCCACCGGAAUAUUACUUCCCCGAGCAACACUUCUUGGGUUAUCGGUUCUUCCUUGGCCUGGUGAAGUUAUCCAUGAGGCUCUUGUGUUUGUUUCCUUCCUUGUGCUGAUGCUUGCUGCCAUGGUCGGUAUCGUUAUUCUGGUUUAUUUUCCAGUCGCUGAUACCUUUGCCAUAGGUGACCAGGAGCAUAUAGAGAUGCAAGCAAGUCGUGAAAUGAUCCUGUGAUAGCCUUUUGAUUUGAUGUUCCGCUUUUUGUUCAAGGACUAACUGAGGGGGAUCUCGUGCUACUUACCCUGGCUCUAGCCAUAUUUAGUCUUGCAAACUCCGGCUGUCACUGUAUCUCCAAAGUUUUGUGAAGAUAGAACAGGUUAAAGUAGGGAUAACAUUCUCGUGUUUACUUUUCCCCCCUUCAUCUUAACUCAUGUAGUCAUGUGGCAUGAGAAGUCCUGUAAAAUAGUUCCUUAGACAGUGAAAACUUUACUUUGUACAUUGAGGUAAAGCUUCAAAUAUCAGCCUUUUGGAUGAGCUAUAAGCGAUGCCUAUACCAUUCAGCA